UAGUGAACCACUCGUUCAAACUGUCCCGCCGAGAAUAAACACGCGAUUAAGGCGGCUCGCACACCGGAGCAAUAAAAAACUAGCAACUGUUAACAUGCAAUAAGCAAUAUUAUCGCCAAUGGAUUUUUCCAUUUAAUUUUUGUUGAUCUCGCACACCGACGCAAUACGAUAUCGCUGUCGCCUUUACAGAGCAACACAUGUCGCUAGCAACACGGCGUGUCGGUUGAAGAGCAACUUAUCGCCCAUAUUUUGACAAGUUUCGUACAUUAAACCGAUUGUUUGCAUAAUGUCAGGGGUUUUAAUUACUCUGGUAUGCGAAGAACAACAAAAUGUGUUGCCUGUUGUAUAUUGCGUAUUGCAGUUUGCUAGUUGCUUAUUGCUGCGGUGUGCGAGCCGCCUAACGGUUAGUUUGGAAUCCGAGUUGGAGUUAAUUUCGUAUGUCGGAUCCCGGAACUCAAUCUCGGCUUAAUUAAUCAUGUUAGCCGAAUAGUUAGGGAUGAUGUGGAAUUGUAUGCAAAUUAUCGCAGACGAAAAGUAACCAAAAUGGCAAUAGAACCGAGGGCUAGUAGGAAUUCCCCCCGGUGUCGUUAGUGCCCUACAGGGUGGUUCAUGGAUUGUUUCAGUGUGAAUGCGAGAAAGGUGCGAAGUGGCGUUUAAAACUGGAUAGAUUGUACUGGAUACCACAAGUGACGCAAAUUGAAAAUGUUGACCGUCCUGUGGAAUAUUUUGGCGAUUACGGCGAUUAGUUUCUGUGAUUCGAGCCAGCAGGUUGGCAGCAUUCCAGAGCCGGUGUGUGGACAAAUCUCGUUAAUGCUGGAUAAUUGCUUUUACAAUACGACACCCCGUGUGGCCGCCGAUUUGCUCUAUUCGGUGAAAAUCCCCGAGACGGAAGAGGAAAUAAACGGACGAUGCCUGGUGUUCAAUCGGGGCAUGGAGUGCGUUCAGCGCUAUCUGAACGCUUGCCUGGAAUCGAAGGAGCGCAACAUCAUCGAAAACGAAGUGUACGGCGCCAGGAAGCUGUACGGGUUUCUGUGCCGAGAUAAAUCCUUUCAGCGAGAAUUCCUAAAACACAAGGCCUGCUUCCAUCAUGUGCACAACGAUUGGGACGCGUGUUCCAGCAAAUUCGUUAACAUUCUGAAGGAUGAAAUGAUGAAAACAACACAGCAGUCCUUCAAUAUGCAAUACAUGCACUUUUGCUGCGCUCGGUACGGUUACGAGACCUGUGUCUUCACCAGCGCAAGAUACAAGUGCAAACUGGACUCGGCCAUUUUCCUCAGGAAGAUCGCUAAGCUGCUCUCCACCGACAAACACUUCCUGAACUGUGAUAGAAUCGAGAAUGAAAUUUGCUCUUCCGCCGGCCGACCGCUGCCACUCGGAGUGACGGUCCCACGGGGGGUGACCGGUCCGAUCCCGAUGAUGCUGCUGUUGGUGCUGCUACUGCAAACGUUUACGAUGGCUUGCUCCACGAGGCUUGUAUGUCGAUAAAUCAACCGGAAUUGGGGAUGAGUUUAAUCUUCAGAUGGAAUUUUGUAAGAUGAUAUCUACCAAUGUUCGGCGGUUUUCAGCUCAUUCCAAGUGAAUGGAUUCCGGCGGAUCAAAGAAGAGCGCUGGUGUUCGUUGUGAGUGUGAUAGAUCGAUGGUUUCGCUAUGAUUUCGAGAGGGAUUAACCUAGGUUAUGAAUAAGGAGUCACAUUGCUAGACCAAACUGUUGUAUGGAUGCAUGCCUGUUUAUCCGAUGUCUCAUACGGAAUAAUUGUUACCAUUUGUUCAACCUUAGAUGAAUGCUGUCUAAAAACAUAGAAAUUUUGAUGUGAAAUAAGUUAACUAAUUGCUGUGAUUCUAGUCUCUAAACACUACAUAAUAUGUCUACUCUCUAUGAAUGCAAGGUGCUAAAACGAACCAUGGAUCGUAUCUACUUCCGCUUAGCAAUGCAUAUUUGUGGUGGAGAGAAUCUAUUUUCGGUACAGCAAAUUAACACUCAUUGCAUUAUAGUUGUUACUCAAAUGUUUGCAUCAGACUCAUAACCGAAAAUAAAAUCGAAAAUUGACACCAAAUGUCAGUUUCUCGAUUAUUGCUACAGGACAUAAUUUGCUUCCUGUGGUAGGCUUAUUUCUGUGAUUGAAAAUAUUUUUA